CUGCUUCCAACUUCAGACCGGACAUCAGGCCGCCACCGAUGCCAGUGAACCCAGGAAACGCAUUCCUGCCCCCUCCACUCCCAGUGGCUCCCCCGGGACCCCCACGUCCGCCUACACCCAACGACGGUCUCUUCAUGGAUCUACCCAACACAGGUUAUGGAGCAGGGCCCGCUGGCUAUGGAGGUGGGGCGGCGUACGGAGGUGGGCCCUACAUGGGACCCCCGGUCAUGAAUAACUACCACUACUGCCCGCCGGGACCCACAACCGCAGAUCAUUGUAAAGAUCAGAAGCUACAAGAGGCUUUGUACUUUCCAGAUGGGACACCUCGUUACAACUGGGUGCCGCCACGCAAUCCGUGGGACACAAGUCUGCCGGACACGGUUAAGGAGCUCGCCAGGAGAAUCCUCAUGAAUAAAGUCAUGACCAGAGCCAAUAAAACGCCUACAGCAAAAGAGUACGAGCUGAUGUCGUUGCUGGGUGACGCUAAGGAAAUGGCAGCUGCAGGCUUCGGCCAGUUCGGCGGUCGCUAG